AUGAAAUUAUGCUCCAAGGGAAUAUCAAAGAUCAGGAUAUUUGUAUCCUUCUUGACACCGCUUCUGUAUGCAAUGUUGUCUAUAAGUCUACGUUGGUCUUCUCUCUCUUUGACUAUUAAAGAGCUUUCAUCCCCUCAGGUUGUUACAGUUCCUGGUAAUGUAAAUAUGGCUAUGAGUUGGGGUUGCCUUGCAGAUCUGAAGUUUGAUGGAGGUGGAGGGUCAUGCUCCGAUCUCUUAUUUCAGAAGAAGGUGGAACUUUUUGUAGCCGAUAGUGUUGGUGAAGGUGGAGGUAUCGAUGUUGUGUUGGGUGUAGAUUGGAUGGCUGCCUACAGUCUUGUCAUUUGUCACUACAAGGUAGCGUCUGUUACUAUGCAUGUCGAUGGUCGGGCAUACACUUUGAAAGGAUACCGGUUAGAAACACCUACUGCCCAUAGGGUUUCGUGUGCUUUGUCUGAAUUGCCACCAAGGAUUUGUAUUGUUAUCUCAGAGCUUUUAAGAGGGUAUCCUAAUGAAAAAUUCUAUGUACUUUUUGAUACUGCAUCAAAGAUGUCUUUUGUUAGUUCGUCAAUUGUUAAGAAGUUUGGAUUGAAUACCAAUAGGAAUUCUUUUUUUGGUGGGGUGGAUAGCCGAAUGCACCAUGCUUCAAAAACUUGUUGUGUUGAGCAGUCCUUUGGGGAAUCUGGUUUCAGCUUUGAUUGCUAUUUCAAUGACAUUUCUCAAGGGGUGGAUCUGUUGCUGGGAGUGAACUAG